CAAGACAUAAAAGAAGUAUCAUUUCUGUAGUAACCGAUGCUGUAAAAAAACACUGAAGACUGCACAUCUCUGUAAAAAGACACAACUCAUCUUACACUGUCAAACUCAAUAGAAAACCCCCGCGACCAAAGUAUUUCAGCCAUGCCUUCCAUAGACGGAACUCUCAUAUGAUACUGGGAAGGGGACAGCGGGAUGAAGCAGGACUGGCCCGAGUACCACUGCACACUCAGGCUUUAUUUUUAAAGGCAAGUGAGACCACGUCAAAUCAAAACAGUUCCAUGCUUCCAAGAAACAGCAAAGAGAAGGCCGAGAUGAGCAGAGACCCCUUGGCUGGCACUCCCACAGUUGCCAUGGACCCUCAUAAACAGUGGGAGAACACAGAUGCCAAAUGGCAUCAGGAAAAGAUGGAGUUACUGGACCAGUUUGACAAUGAAAGAAGAGAAUGGGAAAGUCAGUGGAAGGUCAUGCAGAAGAAGAUUGAAGAGCUUUGCCAGGAAGUAAAGCUUCGAAGACAAAUGAACAUGCGUGAACAUUCUAAGGUCAUUGAUCUUGACCAUGAUCGAGAUAAAAUGGAAUUUCCUCCAAAUCCCUUCAAUUCAGGACAAUAUGAAUUGAGAGUGAAGAAUCACCGAGAUGUUCUGGGAAAGGAAAACAAGACAGAAAAGGACUUCCUCAGUGAAGAAGUGUCUCAAAUACAAAAUACAUGCACAGAAGCCAAAGUAGGGCUUCAGAAUCCUUUGGCCACAGAACAGAAGGCAUGUGAGGCCUGGGCUGGAAUGAGGACUUCUAAGGAGAGUAAAGACUGUUCUGUCACCCUCAACACAGCUCUCGAAGAACUCGCAAAGGUUAGUGAAGAAUUAUGUACCUUUCAGGAGGAAAUCCGAAAGCGCUCUCACCACAGAAGGAUGAAAUCAGAUCCUGCUCUUCAGGAAAUGCCAAAUGCAAUCACUCUGCCUCAUGGGGACCACUUAAUCAGCAAUGGCCAGGGCAUUCUUCCAACCAGUUUGGAGAAAGAAAGGCAGAAAAGCAAUCUGAGCUGUGUCAAUGGACUCCAAAGCAAGUCUAUGAAAAACUGUGGAGGUGGUACCAUUGAUUUACAAAGAAAUGGAACUCCUCCAAUUCCCCCACCAAGAAGUACCUCUCGAAAUUUCAACAGCUCAUAUUCUGAACAAGCCCAAGAGAGACUGAAGGAAAGUUUAUACCACAGGUGGGUGGCCCAUGAGAGUCAAAACAGAAGGAAUUGCAAUCCUCAUUUCCUUUUGAGGCAGUCCUCAUUGUUUCCACAAGAAAGCAAGAGUUUAAAAGAUAGCACCAUGUUUUCCUCUUUGACAUCAGAAGUCAAAGCAGAUAGCAAGCCUCCAGGUAAUGAAGACAUUGGACUUACUAUGUGGUCAUGCGACACUGUAAUAGGUACGAAGGAGUGCCCUUCUGUUCCAUCUCAAAAAACUGGUCUUACUCUGAACAGAGCAAAAGUGGAAAAGGUGAUUCCAGAUAACCCUAUUAAAUUGCAUCUUGAUCUUCAUGUGAAAAAUGACUUUCUUACCUCAGUGAAACAGAGGGACCCAGUCAUAAGUUACAACUGCAGUUUUGAAAGGACUCCAAGGAAUGAAAAACUGGCAGCAAAGAUUGAUGAAUUUAACAGAACUGUAUUCAGAACAGACAGAAAUUGUCAAGCAAAACAGCGAAGUGAAAGCUACACAAAGUCAUCUGACAAUCUCAAUGCCUGUGAUACCUCUACUCACAGAGGUGACAUGCCAGAAGGCAACAGUGGGAACAGCGCUCUGAAAGACAGUGACCUCAUGCCUAGGCCCAUGGAAAAUAUAUUCAGUGAUCCCACAAAAGUAUCCACAACAGGCCUGGUCAAACAAAUGCAGGCACAUAUGAGUCCCAGCAGCUAUCGGCAUAUGUUCCAUGAACAUGAUUGGAGACCAAGCAAUUUUUCUAGCCGACCGAGGUCAGCUGAUCCCAGAUCAAAUUACGGUGUUGUGGAAAAGCUGCUGAAAACCUAUGAGCCCGAGACAGGGUCUGCACUGCAAAACUCAAAAUGCUGCAGGGAUAACUGGACCAAAUGUGGUUCUGAUGAAUCCAUAGCACUGAAAGCCUCCAAUGGAAAAGGAUUUUCCCGACCCGCUAGACCAGCAAACCGCAGGCUCCCAUCCAGAUGGGCGUCUAGAUCGCCAUCCGCACCCCCAGCCUUAAGGAGGACUGCCCACAGCUAUAAAGUCUCUCUGCAAACCGAAGCCCAGAUGCUCUAGAUCUCUAGCCUGGAUUGCUGGAUUACAGAAGUUCUCAUCCCCUUUGCAAAACUGAAUAUUCAGAGUGUUUACAAACAGUCCUGUUCUCUUCUGUAUCUUCCAAGAUCACUGGGACAAGCAAUCUAAACCCUAGCUUUCCAUCAGUCUUCAGUGUUUUUAAUCUAUGAGAUAAUUAUCUCCUUGUACUUUAAUUUCUUAGGUUAGAUUUUUUUUAUCGCCAUCCUCAUUGACUUUCCAAUAUGAUUUAAGCUGACAUAAUGUACAAUAUUGUAUAUUCUAACUUUCCUUGCAAAUGCAGAAAACAAGGUUCUGUGCAUGGCCAUGUGUUUGUAGGUGCAUGUGUUGUCAUAGCAAGUAUUCUGGUAUGUAUUUAGGUAAAAAUUUAUGUGCUAGUGUUGACUUUGAAAUUAUAACAUGUAGACCUAUAUAUUCUUUGUGUUUAUUUAUAACUUUUGAAAAUAUACAAUCCUAUUUAUAUUUUGCAUACCUUUUGAUAGGUAUUCACCUAAGACGUUUAACAUUGAUGUAUUAUUUAACCGCUUCCUUGGCCAUCAACUACAUUGAAAAAUAAGAAUUAUACAUAAAACUAACAUUAGCAGUUUUCCAGAAAUCAAUCUUAAAUAGCAUUUUAACCCAUAUGAAGGUAACUGAUACUAUUGUGUUUUUUGUUUAAAUAAAAAUGUCACAGGUUUAAUAUCUCAGCCUUCUAAAGCAAGCAGAAGACACUUUCACAUAAUUUUGUAUGUCACCUGGUAGUCUCACAUGGCUUUAACUGCAUACUUGAUUCUCAGAUCUAGUAUCAUAAGACUGCCUUAAUAAUGACAGGACAGAAUGAUGAAUUGAUUUUGUCAUUCUCAGUAUUCAAACAUUUCUUAAUGAGAUAUGGAAAGGAAUCAAAUUGUGCUGAACUUUAAUUUUUUGUUAAAAUUGUGCUAAGUUUCCAGUUCUCUGCUUUACCUGGGAGUUCUAUCUCUGUAGAGAGGUAAGUCAUUUGCUUUGCGUUUGUCCCCUUUUUCUAAUUCUUUCCCCAAAAAUGGUAGAUAAAAGAUGAAUUCAGUUUUGUUUUGUUUUGUUUUUUAACUAGGGUGAUCGGGUUCAGUUUUUCAUUGACAGCUAAGUUAUUCUAUAUUUCUUAUACUGUGUAAAAGAAAAAGCCUUACGCUAAAUUUGAGCAUCAACAGAAUAUAAGAAACAGUGAGGUAUACCUUGGCUACAAUUUGCUUACACCAGAUGCAUGAAAUGCUGAGAAGUGGCACAGAAGUAGGCAAGUUGAGGUACUCAGAAUCUGACACGUAUGGUCUUAGAAACAGCUUUGCUAUUCAUUGUUCCCAUUUAAAAGCAAUCAUACUAUAUGGUUAGUUAAAUAUUAACUCUACUUCACCCAAAAAAGUUAAGAAAUUCUCAUGCUAAACCAAAUCAGUGGGCUUUCUCCUUAUGAUACCCUAGCCACCUUAUUAUAUACCAUUCCUUGAAAUAAAGUAAAUAAUUUUAAAUAACAGAUUGCCUUAAAAGGCUUGAGACUCUAGCAUGGCUAGAUUCAUGGUUUACAGCAGGAAGAUUUCCAGGGCUUAAGUGGAAUUAACUGUCUAGAAUGUGAUUUUGGCACAGAUCAUGAUGGUUACAAGUCCACUCUCCUCAUUCUUCCUUCUUUCAGGGACUUUUUCUCUCACAGGAGGGUAGCCUAGACACCAGGCAUUAGUCUUCUGUAUUUUUCCACUAGAAGAGAGAAAACACUUGAAAAAAUGGUUCCUUGGGGGCGUGAAAUGAUAAACCAAAAAUAUCACUGUGGACACAUCUGUUCGUCUGCAUCCCCAUAUCCCAGUGAUCAGUAGCCCCCACCUUCAUGUUUAAAUCAGGAUGCUGAGGUCUCCUCUCAAAAUGGGAAGUUAGCGAUCUCAUCCCCAAAAUAAGAAAGAUUUCCCGCAGUGGGGGGCCUGGGAUCCUUGGAGUCUUUAGUAAAAUGAAACAGUGUAAUAUAUUUGGCGGCCAUGCAGGCUCGGAAGCAGGGUUACUGAGUGGAACCUGAGUGGAUUAGGAGCUUGGUAGUGUCUUUGAUCACUGACCACUUUCCUAUGUUUUGAACAAACAAAAAAUUACAUUGCUGGGCUUCGUGAGUUUAAGCCGCCUUUUCUAUUAUCAUUUGAAUGAACCAAUGGGACCAUUUUAAUACCUCAUAUUAACAUGAAUCAUAGAAUACUAGAGCUGAAGUUAGUCCAAUCCCUUGAUUAGAAAACUAAAGAAACUAAAACAAAUUGAUUAGUCUAUGCUGACUUUUAAAGUAGUUUGUAAAUUUUAUGGGCAAACUUACCAGGUAAAUGGAAAUUGUCAUUGAAAAUAUUUUUUGAAUUACUGUGAUUUUUUAACUGGUACUUUUUCUACUCUAUGUAGGCAUUUUCCCCCUAAAGCAUAACCUUUAUUAUACCAUCAUCCCUGAGUUUAAAAACUCCUAAUCAUUUACAGAAACAUUUCAUUAGGAAUGUCUAUUUAGGGAUAUUUUCCUUAGCAGGUUUUGAAAAAAAAAAAAAAAAAAAAAAGUCUUUCUCACAGGGAAUUUUUAAACUUCUAGCUGACCUUGAGUUUCUCUCUCCUGCUGCUCCCUUUCUUCCUCUCCCCGAUACACUCUCCUUCUCCCUCUAUGUGUGUGUUUGCACUUUCAUGUACAUUUUCAAUAUUUGCCUUAUAUCCCCAAACCAAAUAUAAAAAUAUAAGUGAUUAUCUGUAUUAUUUAGCACAUCAAACAUAGCUUUCACUCAUCUUGAUUAGUCAUGAAAACAAUGUUUCAUUUUGCUACCAUUUCCCCCAAAGGAUGAUUUACUUCUAUAAAUGACUUAACCAGGUACCACGAAGUCUUAAAAAAACAAAGCAAAACAUCUGGUCCCUAAAAGAGUAUUAAAAACACCUUUAAAUUUAUUUUAGUUACAUUUUCUGAUUUAAAAAAAAUAUUUGAUAUUGAAAUCUUCAGCCAUUGGAAGCUAUUUAAUAAAAUAAGUUUGGAAACACC